GGAAUUGUAACUGGGGUGGAGUUAAACUACAGUGCCCAGAAUUCUUUGAGAGAAAGAACAGGCUUUGAAUAGGCUUUAAAGGUGCAGUGUGUCUAUGGUAUAGACUCUAUGCACCAGCAUGAAGAAACCUAAAGAUGCAGGUUAGAACUGGUGUAAUGUGUGGUUAGAACUAUGCAUGAGCAAGGUCUCAAUGGUUAAAGUCUUGCCUCAGCACACAUCUGCAACAUGGAGCAAUAGUCCUAGCUUACUUUACUACAUGCUGAGAAAUAGGACUAUCAUUUGGUUAAAUGAAUUUUAGUUGAUUGGGUUUAGUUGAUUAGAUUUAUGGAGUAGAGAAAUCAGUGUACUGAAUUUCACAUUAAUGCUCCUAUUCUAUAAAGAUAAAAGGUAAAGGGACCCCUGACCGUUAAGUCCAGUGUAGACGACUCUGGGGUUGUGGUGCUCAUCUCGCUUUACUGGGUGAGGGAGCCGAUGUUUGUCCACAGACAGCGAUCAUGUGGCCAGCAUGACUAAACUGCUUCUGGCGAACCAGCACACAGAAACGCUGUUUACCUUCCCGCCGGAGCAGUACCUAUUUAUCUACUUGCACUUUGACGUGCUUUCGAACUACUAGGUUGGCAGGAGUUGGGACACAGCAACGGGAGCUCACUCAAUUGCAGGGAUUCAAACUGCCAACCUUCUGAUCGGCAAGCCCUAGGUUCUGUGGUUUAGACCACAGCGCCACCUGCGUCCCUCUAUAAAGAUACUUUCUCUUAAAUAAGUCAUCUUGAUUUUGAUGAAGUGAACUUCCGAGUAAGGAUGCUUAGGUUUUCAGCCUGGUUUUAAGUGCCAGCAUAGCAGGGAUGGACUCCAACACCUAUUAGCUCUAGCCAGCUUGUCCAAUGGCCUGAGAUGUUGGGUGUUGUAGUUCAACAACAUCCUGAAGGCCACAGUUCCCCAUCCCUGGAGCACAUGAUUCAGUGAUUUGCUACAAUUUGUAUGCAGAAAGUGCUUAUCCUUGAAGUAACCAUGGGCUUCAGCAAUGGGAGUGGGCAAUUACUUGCGGGGAGGCUUCUUCCAUCUCACCCCAUUCUGGCCCCAUUUGUGGAGGUUGCUUCUUCUAUAGCAGUACUCACCAGUAUGAACAACCUCUGGUGAAUGUGGAGGAUGCAGCUUUCCUUUUAGUAUUUUUCUUUUCUUUUAGAGAAAGUCCUGCAUACCUUCAUAUUCUUCUUCUUUGCAGGUUUAAUUUCCGGGGUUACCGCUGGGUCAAAGCCAUGAUACAUGCCAUAAACGUCAUAAACGAGGAUGAGGAUCUUCUGCCAGGCAUCAAGCUGGGUUACCAGAUCUACGACACAUGCUAUACAAUGUCCAAGACGGUUGAGAACUCCUUGGCUUUCCUCACUGGGCAGAAUGAAACAACCCCUGUGUUCCGAUGCAGCACCGGUGCUCCUCUAGCAGCAGUCGUUGGAGCUGGUGGAUCGACUCUUUCCAUUGCAUCCUCAAGAAUCCUCGGGCUUUACUAUUUCCCUCAGGUAUCAUGAAUCCUGGAAAGCGGGGGUGCAGAACCUCAGGCCCAGGGGCUGAAUGCCUCCCUCUAGGCCUCUAUAUCUGGCACUUGGGACUCUCUCCAGGCCACACCCCCUGUCCCAGGCCACACCCACCACUAGCUUUGCUUCUUACCUUCCUUGCGUAUUUCUGCCUGGCUGGACUGUGUCCUUGAACUCUGGUCAUGCUUCUUGCUUGUCUGAUGGAGGACAGAGAGGGAUGUGUGAGUGUGUAGAAACUAGCCUAUUGUACCAAGGUAAAAAUUGUAUUUGUUGCUCAACUGACUGUGGCCUGUGGCCCUGCCCAACAUGUGGCCCCUGGAAGGUUGUGCAGAAGGAAAUGUGGCUCUCAGGGUUUCCCACCACUAUAAUGUUUUUACUGUAAAAAACCAACAGAAGGUCCUCUUCUGACAUCAGAAGGACAUGUUGUAGGGAAGGGGAAAUUAUGGUUUUCCAGGAUUGCAAUGCCCUUCAGCUGUAGUAAGCAUGGUUGAUGGUAAGGGAUGUUGGGAGUUUGAGUCCAACAACAUCUGGAAGGCCACAAUCUUCCAGUCCUUCAUAUACAGAAAACAUGGGCAGCAGAACCAGGAAUGGAGUCUUUAUUCUCCAGAACAAACCACAUUCCCUCUCUCUGGAAGUUUUGAAAGGUGUUAUAUGGGAAAUAGCAGUGUAUUAGAACUGCCAGCGAGUCCUGCUUCUUUACCUUGCCUUCCAUUCUAGCUCAUUGGUCAAUUUCUCUAAAUUGCCCAUGGCUGAGCCUUGGCUUGAGGGUGAAUGGGUUGGUCAGUUCUCAACCCAUGUGGCAACAGUCUGCACAAUGCAUUCUGCAAGGAAUGGGGUGGCAGAUUUUUGCAAUUCAACAUCCUGAGCAAAGUCCAUACAAAUACUCUGAAAUAUGAGCCGGUACAUUCUGAGCUUGAGUUACAAAAAUCAUGACUACUAAACAAACAAAUACAGAGGAGCAAGUCUCAUCCCUCUACAAAAGAGUUGAAGGAAUGCUUUCUUCUUUUGAGUUCUAAUUUGCUUUGCUAUUAUGAACUGUUUUGUGGAAAAAUCUCUUUUGCAGGCCUGAGCUGUGGCCCACUUGACCUUCCUGCAACUGUUGUAUCAUUUUCCUUCACAUUGUCCUCUUUUUUUUUUUGCAUUUCUUAUACAUGCCCUUCUUAAAUCUCAGCUCAUCUGUAAGCUCUUUUUGCAGCCACAUUGGUUUCUUUAGAUGCCUCCCACUUCAAUUUCUUGUUGGAACCAUCUGUAUUUGUGCCUUCAGUAGAAAGUUUAAGAAAAUCCCAUCCAUCUUGGACUCCCCUCUCUUUGAGUAUUUCUGACCAUGGAAUCUCACCCAGUAUUUCCUUAAGCUUUUUGAAAUCAGUCUUCUUAAAGUCCAGAGUGCAUGUGUGACUACACUCAUCUUUCCCUUGCCUGUGUACAAUGAAACCCAGGAGGACAUGAUCACUUCCUCCCAAGGUUCCCAGUACUUUCACUUUGUCAAUCAGUUCCUCCCUGUUGGUGAGAACUAGACCCAAGAUAGAUGAUCCUCUUGUUGCUCCUUCCACUUUCUGGGAAAUGAAAUUGUGAGUGAGGCAAUGGAGGAAUUUGUUGGACCUUACAUUCUUGGCAGAGUUUGUUUCAAUAGAUAUUGGAGUAGUUGAAGUCUCCCAUAAAUAGUAUAUCUCUCCUUUUGAAGAUUUGGUAGUCUGUCCUAGGAAGGCAUCAUCCAAGUCUUCACUCUGGCUUGGAGGUCUGUAUCAGACACCCACAGUAAGUUCACUGUUGUUUAUCUCUCCUACAAUUUUUGCCCAUAUACUCUCAAUCUGCUUUCCAAGCUCCAGGUCAUGGAUCUCUUCAUAAAUGGACACAUCCUUUAAAUAUAAUACUCCUCCUCUCUUCCUGUUUUGUCUAUUCCUUUUGAACAGGUUAUACCCCUCAAUUUCUACAUUACAAUCAUGAGUCUCAUCCUACCAGGUUUUAGUAAUGUCUGUUAAGUCAGAUUUGCCAUCCUUUAUUAAGAUUAAAAUUCUUCUUGCUUGUUUCCUAUACUCUGUGCAUUAGUAUUGGGACAAUUGAAACCAUGAGUCAUUCCCUUGAGCUGCUUCCCUUCUUGUACUUUCUUGCCCUUUAGAAGGUUUAUAUAGCACCACCUCAGUUUCCUGUGCAUCAAAGCUAUUACCACCACCACCACCCCCGUACCAGGAGUUCCCCUGUCGUCUGUAAUUGUGAACAUAAAGUUAGAAAAUAUUAGUUUCAGGGAUCAAAGUCAGGUUGGAGCACUGGUGAAAAAUCUCAUAAGGAGGGACAAGGCCAACUUUUGGAAGUAGGACCUGGUUAAGAUAAUUCUGGAGGCAGUGUCGAUUACAGGCAAGAAUCUGAAUCAAAGUGUCUGUCUAAAGGAAGCUAGAUGGCAUCCUGACAGAUCCUAGCAAAAUCAGUCUUCUUCUGUCCAUACUCCUUCGUUUCAGCAAGAACCAGCUACUUGAAGUGUGGGAUUAUUUCCCAUCACCCUGCUGUUUCUUUGGCCCUUCUUUGGUUCAAGCAGUCUGUCUUCCCAGUGCCCUCCUAGACUUGGAUAAUACAUGUAUGUUAGUUUCCCUUACCCCUGCCCGCCUCUUACUGACCUUUCUGCUGCUCCUUCAGUUCCUGGUCCUUAGCCACUUGGUCAUAGGAAGAGAACACUAUUUGUCCACUUAUAUCAGUGUUGUCUACUCUGACUGGCAAUGAUACUCCAGGGUCUAAGGCAGAGGUAUUUCCCAUAAUCUGCUACCUGAUGUCCUUUAAACUGGAGAUGACGUGAACUGCACUUGACAUGUCUUGCAUGCAAAUCACAUUCUACUAAUGAACUGUAGUCCCUCUUGUUAGCCUCCAUUGCUCUCAGUCAACAGAGAUGUCCAGUAGUAGCAAACAGCUGAGAGAAAACAGUAGCGCACGGGACAGCAACAUUUGCCUCAACCUUGCUUGUUUUUCUCUCUUUUUCUUUUAGGUUGGCUACGCCUCCUCUUCUUUACUUCUCACUGAUAAGUACCAGUUCCCUACCUAUCUUCGCACUAUUCCAAGCGACGCUGUACAGUCUAAGGGAAUGGCAGACUUAGUUCACCAUUUCGGCUGGAGAUGGAUAGGCACAAUAGCAGCUGACGACGAUUAUGGCAAAUACGGCGUCAAGGCUUUUAAAGAAAAAGUGGAGAACACCUAUACCUGUAUUGCUUUCUCAGAAACAAUCCCCAAAAUUUACUCCAGGGAAAAGCUAAAAAAAGUUGUCGAAACUAUAAAAAACAGCACUGCUACGGUAAUUGUGGUCUACUCAUCUGAUAUUGACUUCCAUCCUUUACUGGAAGAGAUGAUGGUUAGCAACAUCAGUAGUAAAACCUGGAUAGCAAGUGAAGCAUGGGUCACAUCAGCCUUAAUCGCUAGGCCUGAAUAUUUCCCCCUCCUUGGUGGGGCUAUUGGUUUUGGUGUACGAAAGGGUGACAUACCAGGCCUCAAAGAAUUUCUUCUCGACGUACGUCCAGGUGAAGAUCCUGAGGAUGACAUGGCAAUUGAAUUUUGGCAGUCUGCGUUCAACUGCACUUGGCCAAAUGCCAACAUAUCGUAUAAUACAGACAACAGAAAAAAUGUAACUGGCCAUGAGAACAGAGUCGAUUUUGCUUCGGAUGUUUUGUGCACAGGAAAGGAGAAUCUUGCAGAACUUAACAAUACCUACCUGGAUGUUUCAGAACUUAGGAUAACUUAUAAUGUCUACAAGGCUGUAUAUGCUGUUGCUUAUGGCCUUGAGCAAUUACGCACCUGUGAACCGGGACAUGGACCAUUUUCAUCCGGCCCUGACUGUACCAAGAUAGAUGAGUUUGAGCCCUGGCAGGUAGGCACCAAUUUAUUAAUUUAUUUCAGACAUAUAACAACAACAUACAUAUACAUAAUAACAUAAUUCAUCCUAACCCAGAAGCUGGUGUUUAAGCAAUACAUACAAAAGAACAAUCAAAUAACAUAAGUUAUUAUUCCCAGACUACAAUUUAUACAGAAGCCGAUAAACAGUUUAAGUUAACCAAAAUUUUUUAUAAUGUAGGGGCAUUUAUGUAUAUGUUUUUAGCCAUAUACAUAAUAAAGCUGCCAUUCAAUCCCCAAGUACAGUGGUACCUCAGGUUACAGAUGCUUCAGGUUACAGACGCUUCAGGUUACAGACUCCGCUAACCCAGAAAUAGUACCUCAGGUUAAGAAUUUGCUGCAGGAUGAGAACAGAAAUUGUGCAGCAGCAGCGCAGCGGCAGCGGGAGGCCCCAUUAGCUAAAGUGGUGCUUCAGGUUAAGAACAGUUUCAGGUUAAGAACGGACCUCCAGAACGAAUUAAGUUCUUAACCCGAGGUACCACUGUAGUAUUCAUGCUUCAGGCCUUGUGCAAAUUUUAUUUUAUUGUUUAAUUUUCCCACAAGUGCUAUUCGCCAUACUUUGUUGUACCAAUUUGUCCAUGAAACACCCCCUUAAAUUCUUCUAGUAUCUCAUUAUUAUGAGCCUGGCUUCUAGUAGAAGAUAACUGAUUAAAGGUUUAGACUGUAAGUUAAUAUUGUCUCUCUUGAAAAGAUUGAGGAGACCCAGCCCUGGACAUUUAGAGACAUUUUGUCCAGUAAUUGCUUUUAUUUGGACAAAUAUUUUCUCCCAGAACUGAGCCACAUUCCCACAUGUCCACCACUGUUGUAAGUUUUGCUAAGAUAAUAUAAAUGUAUAACAUUCUUUUGGGUCCUCUUACCAAUAUAAUGCUCCCCUCUGUUGACCCCCAUUCUCUUUGGGGGAACCUUCCAAUUCACCGCCCCCCCAAAUGUUUUCCAAAGUUGACCCGCUAACAGCUACUGUUUGAAUAAAUUGAUGUAUGCCUUUCGACUUGCUGCAGUUAAAACAAUGAAAACUCUUGUAGAACAUUAAAUUAUUAUAGCAUAAGCUUUUGUAGACUACAGUCCACUUAGUCAGUAUUAUCCUGAGUUACAGAUCAGAAGGAAAUAAAUGCAGAAAAAUGCAGGCAGCAUUAUUAAGUGUAGCCAUUCACGAAAAGCAGUUGUUGAUGACACAGACAUUCUAGCACCAGGAAACCAAUGGACACAUGUCGCAUGAGAAAUCUCACUGAAUUUUGCAUAAAGGUAAAGGUAAAGGGACCCCUGACCAUUAGGUCCAGUCAUGAUCGACUCUGGGGUUGCGGCGCUCAUCUCGCUUUAGUGGCCGAGGGAGCCGGCGUACAGCUUCCGGGUCAUGUGGCCAGCAUGACUAAGCUGCUUCUGGUGAACCAGAGCAGCACACAAGAACGCCGUUUACCUUCUCGCCGGAGCGGUACCUAUUUAUCUACUUGCACUUCGUGUUUUCGAACUGCUAGGUUGGCAGGAGCAGGGACCAAGCAACAGGAGCUCACCCCAUCAUGGGGAUUUGAACUGCCGACCUUCUGAUCAGCAAGUCCUAGGCUCUGUGGUUUAACUCACAGCGCCACCCGCGUCCCGAAUUUUGCAUCCUUCCACUUAAAUCCACAUUGGACUCAUAGGCUGUGACUUCUCUCAAAUGCUAUUGUAGGAAUAGAUGUUCUCAGGUGCCUCAUAUAGUAGGCUGCUGUUCUUCAAGCAUAAAUAAACUCUCUUAGCUGGUAUUGCAAGCCCCAUCCUUCCUGAAAUCUGGACCCCCCUUCAAGCAAGCAGAGAGGCAACAGAAUUGACGCACCUUUAACAGUCCACUCCAUAGUGCACUGCCAGGCAAAAGAAAACUGUUGUGGAUACAGGAGAAUCAAAAUCUUCUGUACAAGACCUUCUGUAUAAGAUGUUCUGCAUGACAAAAGAGAAUUGUUGCAUUCUCCAUAUUUCCGUAGUAGUUUGUAUAUUUUUUUAAAGUCCUUGUGAAAAAUCACUAGCGUUUUAGUGUGACUUUCCCCUAAUAUACACAUUUAUGCAAAGCAAUUUUUGUAAAUGUAAAUUUAAGAGAAGCAUUCUAAUGCACACUGUACUCUACAGUAUACAUUUUUGUACACAUAUUACUUGGCCGGAGAACUACAUUGUGAAAUUCAUAGAAAUGCAAAUUUCAAAAGAGGGCUGUGUUUCAGUUUGGGUACUGUUUCAGAAAGUGCAAAUUAGACAGGUUCACUUUUAAUUGUAAACUGAACUGAAUAUAUCCCUCAUCUCUACAUACAUACAUACAUACAUGCAUACAUACAGUGGUACCUCUGGUUACGAACUUAAUUUGUUCUGGAGGUCCGUUCUUAACCUGGAACUGUUCUUAACCUGAGGAACCACUUUAGCUAAUGGGGCCUCCUGCUGCCGCACAAUUUUUGUUCUCAUCCUGAGGUAAAGUUCUUAACCUGAGGUACUACUUCCGGAGUCUGUAACCCGAAGUGUUUGUAACCCGAGGUGUUUGUAACCUGAGGUACCACUGUACAAACACACAAACACAAUCAAAUGCACAAAGCCAUUUCCCAUGAAAACAAAGCGUGGUCUUUAGAACGGACCCCAGAAUCCUUUGCAGGCAUUUGUCGACUAAUAAAUCUCAUACAUUUCUACAAAGAUAAGAGGUGGCAUUAAAAGGUUUGUGCAAACCAAACCUAAUAAGAACACAGAAAGCAAGCGAGUAAUAUUGCCUGGGACACAGAAGACGUCAUUCAUAGAUUAAGGACUGUAUUCAAGGAAGGUGUCCCAUUUGCACAAUGACUUAAUGGCUCAGCAACAAACAAGGGCGAAGACUUGCCCCCCCCAUUGCGGGGGCAUGUCACAUGGCAGGUCACAUGACGUGUCCCGCCCCUACCUAGUGGGCUGGGUCACAGGGACAUCCUGCCACUGUGAUGCUGGCGCUUGUGUGCUGGGUGGGGAAUGCAAAGCAACGAGCUGGGCUCUGGGCUCAGCUUCCUCUUGCCUGUGUGACAUUAACCAGAAGGUGGAGGUGGAGCAGGGCUGCUGGGCUCCACAUUCUGCCUCCCCCCCCAUGCAAUAUCAGUUGGGUGGAGGAGUGGGACCACAGGAUUUUGGGGGAGCCUAGAUCCCUCCUUGAAAAGUGGGAGGGGGCCCUGAAGACUCCUAAGCCCCCACCACCUGGUGCACCUGGUAAAAAAAAAGUUUCCCCUACCACUUCCCUCCACCUCCCAAAUCUGUUCUGGGGCUUGCCUGAACCUUCUGGAGCAGAUUGGAGGGGGUGCAUGGAGAAAGGAGAGGGAAGGGAAACCCCAUUUUGCAAACAAAACUCCUUGUGCAAAUGGGGCGACUUCUUUUGAUAGAACACCUAAGUUUGCCUGUGUAUUGAAAGUCCUUUAAUAAUAAUAAUAAUAAUAAUAAUAAUAAUAAUAUAUUUAUUUAUAGCCUGCCCUCCCCAGCCGAAGCCGGGCUCAGAGCGGCUAACAACAAUAAAAGUAACACAGCAUUCUAAAAUCAAUUCAUUCUAAAAUCAAUUCAAAAUCAAAUUAAUGGCAACCAUUGGGCUAGAGUUCUGUGAGGAUUACCAAAGGAGGGGGUCAGACUGUGCCUUGGCCAAAGGCCUGGGUGAAACAGCUUUGUCUUGCAGGCCCUGUUAUAAACAGAAGAGCCUAAAAAAUCAGAUCAGAAGGACACAAAAGCACAUCUUUGGCAUUUUCAAAAGCUGGGGCAAUCGCUGAAAAAGCCCCAUAGGGAAGGAACCUGGAUCAGGAUUCUCAAAGAUGACCUUACCAUAUGGGGAAAGGUGCUUUCUGUCAGUCUUUGGCCAUGGAGGAGGUUUAAAACAGGAACCUCAGUGCUGAAAUGGCCACCAAUAAUAAUAUAAUAAUAAUUUAUUAUUUAUACCCCGCCCAUCUGGCUGAGUUUCCCCAGCCACUCUGGGCGGCUUCCAAUCAAGUGUUAAAAACAAUACAGCGUUAAAUAUUAAAAACUUCCCAGCAGGGCUGCCUUCAGAUGUCUUUUAAAGAGAAGAUAGCUGCUUAUUUCCUUCACAUCUGAAGGGAGGGCGUUCCACAGGGUGGGCGCCACUACCGAGAAGGCCCUCUGUCUGGUUCCCUGUAACCUCACUUCUUGCAAUGAGAGAACUGCCAGAAGGCCCUCAGUGCUGGAUCUCAGUGUCCGGGCUGAACAAUGGGUGUGGAGACGCUCCUUCAGGUAUACAGGACCAUGUGCCGCCCUGCCCUAGCUUAAUCUCCCAAUGCGUUUUCAAGAGCAUCUCCCGUGGAGUGCCACCACAGUAGCUAAUCCUUGAGGUUGCAAAUAGUUAACGAGCUCUUUAUAGAGGGACGUAGCCAACAAACUUGAUGCAGUGGGGGGAAAUGCCAGCUUUCUGUUCAACAGUAGCAACAGAACCAGGUGGAUGUGCUGGUGCAUCCCUGCUCUGGCAGGACAAGUCAUCCUGAAAAACAGUUGACUCACAUAGUCUCGAAGCCAAAUACAGACAGAAAACAUUUAGUCAAUGUUCUGCAAAUAUCCAAGAACGGAGAGGAUCUCUUGAGAGUGUGUGGCAUCACAGUGCACAUAUGGGGUGGGGUGGGGUGGGGCACUUCAAUAACCUGACCUGAAGCCAGGGAUGAAAAACAGAUACCUUCCUGAUUUUUGUAUUUAUUUACUGAAAUUCCCAGCAGUUCAUGCGAGCAGGGUUGUGGCUAGGCAUGAUGGGAGCUAUUGUCCAGAAACUUCUUCUUUUUGGGGGGUGGGGGUCGGGAGAGGGAUGGUCACAGGUUCCCCACUUUUAUCCUAAACCUUUCAAAACAGUAGGUAAAGGCACCCCUGACCAUUAGGUCCAGUUGUGACUGACUCUGGAGUUGCGGCGCUUAUCUCGCUUUAUUGGCCGAGGUAGCCGGCGUACAGCUUCCGGGUCAUGUAGCCAGCAUGACUAAGCCGCUUCUGAAGAACCAGAGCAGCGCACGGAAACACCGUUUACCUUCCCACCAGAGCAGUACCUAUUUAUCUACUUGCACACUGACGUGCUUUUGAACUGCUAGGUUGGCAGGAGCAGGGACCGAGCAACGGGAGCUCACCCCAUCGUGGGGAUUGGAACCGCCAACCUUCUGAUCGGCAAGUCCUAGGCUCUGUGGUUUAACCCACAGCACCACCCGUGUCCCUUUCAAAACAGUAGAAGUUAGUACUAUUAUUUGAAACUGAGCCUGGAUAUGAAUUGGUAACCACAGGGCCACUGAUUCGAACCCUACUCGCCUGCCCAUCCCACAGGCACACAUAUCCAAGAAUUCUGAAGCCUGGAUUUUACAGAAGUUGAAGUGUUCAGCCUGUAAAGGGAAGCCCCUUGCUCAGAGUAUUACAGUCAUCCAGUCUGGAUGUAAGUUUGACACAUCCUUACUUUUGUCUCCUGAUUUGUAGCUAAUGUACUACAUGAAGAAUAGAAUGACAUUUUCGGUUCUUGGAGAGGACGUACACAUAGAUGAUAAGGGAGAUGUGUAUACUUCAUAUGACAUUCUAAACUGGCAAAAAGGUGAGAAUGGCGAAGUUGCCUUUGUGCCUGUUGGAACAUUUAACAUGACGACGGAAAACGAUAUGGAAUUUCAUAUCCAGAACGACUCAAUAUUUUGGAAUAAUCCAGCAGGAGCAGUAAGUGAAUUGCAUUUUCUAUGCCUUCCUCUAGUUCAGUCAUUUCCAAAAUGGGUGGUGCCACCCCUUGGGGUGUGGAAUUACCUGGGAGGGGGGUUGCUAAGAAGCAAGUGGGUGGCAGGGGGAAUGCUGUUCUCAGUGGAUGAAGUUCAUCACUUUGGUUGAAUUAAUUAAGCUAAAUCGUUUUAAUUGGAUUUCAAAUAUGUUAAAUGUGAAAUUAACUGUUACUGUUUUGAAUUUUAAUGUGUUAUCUUCUUUACUGGGUCAUACAAAUCACUAUUCUGAAUAAUGCUUUUUAUAGAGUAGGGGGAACUGGGAAUGACCUUAUGGAACCAAGAAGGUGGUGGGCCAUAAAAGUUUGUGGACCACUGUUCUAGUUUAACCAUCCAUGCUACUACAACUCACACAAAUUUCACAGGAAUAAUAAUAAUAAUAAUUUAUUAUUUGUACCCCACCCAUCUGGGCACCCCACCCAGCCACUCUGGGCACCUCCCAACAGAGUAGUAAAAACACAAUGAAACACCAAACAUUAAAAACUUCCCUAAACAGGGCUGCCUUUGGAUGUCUUCCAAAAGUCAGAUAGUUGUUUAUUCCCUUGACCAUACUAUUCUUAUAUGUAUGGUUCCAUACAGUAGUUUAUAGGCUUUUCACAUCUUCAGUGGUUUUCUCAUAUUUCCUUCUAAGAUUGACAACCCCAAUGGACAUAAAGUGAAUUUCAGAAGCAUUUAUAUGAUUUCCCUUGAGAGUCCAUGUGGCAACUGGUGGGAUUUCCACCUGUCUCUUUUUGUUUGUUUGUUUGUCUGUCUGUUUGUAAAGUGUGUUUGUUAUAAUCAAUCUGGCUGUUUGUAGUAACCCUAAUUUUAAAACAAGUCUAACAAUUGCUCUUUGAGGAACAAGAAUAAAACGGGCUCAGUCCUACCUAGUAUGCACAAUAUUGGGUUUGGAUCCAGGUUCACAUCCCAUGCUAGCCAUGGGGCUCAUUUUCACUGCUGUUGCUGGAAAUCCAGAGCCCAGCACUGCCCAUGCACUUUGCAUGAUAGCCAAAGUUGCAUGUGCAACAGGGCCUGACAGCUGGAAGUCCGUGAGCAGAUUGUGUGAGAUUUUCAGAAAACCUGUGGUUGCCUCUGAGUUUCCUCCUCCAGGGGGCAAAUAGCAGCUGGGGCCAGGAUGUUCAUUCGGAAAACAGCCUGGAGAAGAAGGGCAAACACCAGCAUGCCAUCACUGUCCCUGUGUGAUUCUCUCUCCCCCACCCCACUCCUGCUGCUAUUUCAAUUAAAAACAACUGCAGUAAAUUCACCGAUAGAUCUUCCAUCACCAGUGUCACAUCUAUCUGUGUCCCUUGAUAAAACACACUUCAUUCUACUCUCAGGACUCUUCACACGCCCUUUCCUUCUAGAUUAACACCACAGUGCUAUAGAUUCUGGCUACUGUUUUCAAACCACAAGUGAGGAAGUGUCAUGUUAGGGCUUGUUCUUGUGGCAUCUGCAGCAACAAGGAGCCUGCAAUGACUUGUUAUCUCGCCCUGGAAGAUUCUGGCUAUAAAAGUCCCAUAAUUUCUCCGAUGGAGACAUAAUGCCCUCUUUCCACACCUCCUUUGAAUAGACUUUUCAAGUGUCUACACAAGCAAACACACACACACAUUUUGUUGGACGUACCAUAGCUCAGUGUUAGAGCACCUGCUUUGCAUGAUGAAGGUGUCAGGUUCAAGCCCUGGUUUUGGUGUUGGCAAUGCUGCCCGUGUGAACAAAACUCCCCCCCCCAUAUAUCUAUCUAUCUAUCUAUCUAUCUAUCUAUCUAUCUAUCUAUCUAUAUGAAUUUGUAUGUUACAUCACAAAAUUAAAAAGAAAAUAUGCCACCCACCUGUUAACAAAAAUACAUUAUAUAAAAAGUAAAAUGUUACUAUGAAAUAAAUGUUACAUAUACCUCGGGUUACAUAUACCUCGGGUUAAGUACUUAAUUCUUUCAGGAGGUCUGUUCUUAACCUGAAACUGUUCUUAGCCUGAAGCACCACUUUAGCUAAUGGGGCCUCCUGCUGCUGCCGUGCCGCCAGAGCACGAUUUCUGUUCUCAACCUGAAGCAAAGUUCUUAACCUGAAGCACUAUUUCUGGGUUAGCGGAGUUUGUAACCUGAAGCGAAUGUAACCUGAAGCGUAUGUAACCCGAGGUACCAUUGUACAUAAAAUAAGGUUCUUCCAUCCUUUAAGACUUCCUUCUCUCUCAGUGUGGGUCCCUCAUUUUCUCAACACCUGCAUUUGUUAUAACAAUUAACUUAAGAUAUAUUGUCUGUUUUCUUUAUACCAUAUUAUAUUGCAAGAGUGAGUCAAAGCAUGUUAAAGGUUUCAUAUGGGAACAAUGUUCUAUUAAGUUUACAGUGGUACCUCAGUUUACGAACUUAAUCCAUUCCGGAAGUCCAUUCUUAAACCAAUACCGUUCUUAAACCGAGGAGUGCUUUCUCUAAUGAGACCUCCUGCUGCCGGUGCCCUUCCACCAUUCGGAUUCCAUUCUUAGAUCGAGGUAAAAUUCUCAAACCGGGACACUACUUCCGGUUUUGCAGAGUUCUUAAACCGAAUCAUUCGUAAACAGGACUGUUCUCAAACCGAGGUACCACUGUGCUCUGUAAUUAUCCCAUUCUUAACUGAACUGGUGUGUUAUUUGGUUCCGAAUUCUCCCUGUCAAUUUUGCGAGUUCUGCAUAUACAAACGUUUUCACCUGCCAUUCUUCUUUGUGCCAGUGUGGACAAAACUGAGUUUAGCUUGGCCAGUGGUUUGACUGAGUAUUAGGGUUGCCAUAUUUUGAAGAGCAAGAAAGGGAACACGUUUGCCAACUUCCGCUUUUAAAUAUGGAUCGCUUUGACGGCUCUAAUUUUAAAUACCCCUACCAUAUGUAGGCUAUAGAAGCUGUUAUAUAUUCUAGUAGCAAUGUUCUAAACGUUCAAUAACAACAACAACAACAUAAUAAUACAUAUUGCUCCCUCACUUGCCACAUGAAAGUAUUUGGGCUCAUGUUCACAUCUUUGUGAAUGUAAGUAUGCUCACAAUUUUGUGAACAGAACAAUUUAUUAAACUGUUUAACAUGUACGGAACUCUACUUAAGGGCAGGGGGAUGUUAACUCUUGCCCUCCCAGACUCCUCCUCCAAGAUCUUGUAGCUGAGCCAGUGUCCUUUUAGUUUAGCCACAAGAGACGGGAUUUAUACAGUGUGUAACUAGUUAAGAUGCUGCUCUGUUGUGAUUCUCUGCGGCAGACUAGCUUAGCUGGGUGCCUUAGAUCUGAGACUAAUGCACUAGAAUAUUUUUCAUGGGUUACUGUAAACCAAAAACCAAAAAACCCCUGACAUUUUGCCAAAUUGAAAAAUCCACCCGGACAGAAAUUUUUAUCCUGAAAAGGAGGACAUGUCCUGGAAAAAGAGGACAUAUAGCAACCUUAGUCAACAUAAAGCAGAUUUCUAUAUUUCCCAAUCCAAACUGCCUUGCAGAACUUUGACUGUACACAUAUAUUGCAUAUAUUACCACUUAUCAUACUUAGCUGCUGCUCUAAAAUCUUGCAGAGAGCAGGGGAAGUGGUAGGGGGCGGCCCACGGGCCCGAGCCAUGAAUCUACUGCACCCUUCCUUUAUUAUUAUUAUUAUUAUUAUCAUCAACAUCAUCAUCAUCAUCAUCAUUUUUGCUAACAAGACAACUGGGCUUGCUGCAAGGUGCAAUGCCAAUGAGACCCCAUAACUACCCACCAUCUUAAUUUGUCCAAUGGUAUCGAUAUGUAUUAAUUGGCAUGCGCAUUUGUCUCAUGGACCUGUGUCCCAGGUCCAAAAGGUGCCUAGCAAUGUCCCUGGCUGAGAAUCUCCUUGAGAGCUACCUAACAAGGCUCUCAGUCAGGUGUAUUGCUAGGCACCUAAUGAACUCGGGACACGUGGAUGUGAUUGUAGCUGAGUAAAAAUGGCCUCCCAAGUUCUCCACCAUUUUUGUAUCCUGAGGGAUUCUCCAAGGGCAGGCGAAAUCCCCCAACAGUUUGUUGAGGGUGUCCAUUAGCAAUGGCACCAGCACGACUUCUCACUUCCUCCCUCCCCUUGCCGUCAAAUAUUUCAGCAUUAGCAGCAACUGUUGUGGGCAGACUGCCAUUUUGUAUCUCCACAAAAGGCCUAGCAUCAUUCCAAGUCACUGAGGAGGAGGAAAUAUAACAGCCACAAUAGUCACCUCCUUGUUGCAUGGCAAAAACAGAUACAUAGGAGAAAUAACAGGUCUUUUCUGUGCCUUUCAGCGUCCACGCUCCACAUGCAAUCUGAACUGCCAACCUGGUUAUCGGAAGGGGAUCCUGCAAGGAAAGCCCUCAUGCUGUUAUGAUUGUAUAAGGUGUGCCGAAGGACAGAUCAGUAAUAUAACAGGUAUGGAUGCCUAUCAGCAUUUUAGCCAAUGGGGGGAAAGAGGACAUUUGUCUAGACCCAGGAUGGGGAACCUGAGACCUUCUAGAUGUCAAUGGACCACCACCAUCCCUCAGCAUUGGCCAUGCUGGCUGGGGCUGGUGGAAGCUGGAGUCUAACAGCUUUUUUUGGGGGUGGGAGGUGGCUCCCCAUCCUUGGCGUAGACUCUAGAGAGCUGAAAAUUAACUCAAGUCCAAGUCUUGCAUUGGCUCAAACUGGAAUCCUAUAUUCCACUACAGUUGUAGUUUCUCUUUCCCUCCUUUUUCUUCUGAGGCUUCAUUGCAAUAGGGAGGAAGAGAGUAUGAGCUGAAGAUUGAAUAGGACAGAUUGAGAGGACAGUGAAUAAAGGAAGUUUGUCGCUUGGCAAGAGAAUAUCUGAGGUCCAAUUCUCAUUGGCCUUUUUUGUACUUGAGUACUGAAUGUCUGCACGAGCACUAUUCAGGCACUAGCACCAACAGCUGCAAAGUGUGCAUUCACACCUUUCAGUACUGUGUGCUUUAAUUACAUGGAAACUCUGAGCUGAAGAAAUGGAAAGGAUCAAUCAUGGGGGGAGGACUUCUAAGUAGGCAAUAGAGCUCUUUCUUUUGGAUUUCUUUUUGGGGACACACACACACACACACACACACACACUUACAUUUAAUGUUUUGAAUUAUUUUUCCCCUUAUCCUUUGAUCUUAAUUUAUAGCGAACACUUUAUAUCAAAAUUUUUCCUGAAAGGUGGUGAGGGCCAUGGCUGGCACCACAAAGUUGAUGGUGAUGGCAUUAUGCUUUUCUUUAAAAUACAGUUAUGCUUGCUUAAAGAAAUAAAUUGGGUCAACGCACAGUUAAGGAAAUCCUGGAAAACGAAUCAAAGGUGCUUUUGUCAAUUGACUGAAUGAAUUGCAUCUGCUAGAAUGUGUAUAUUGGAGUGGGGGAAGAAACAACAGUUCUGAAGAGGGGAAAUCCUUGGGUGAGAUCCAACUGUCGUAAUCAGAUUGGACCCCUUCAAACAAAUGGUCUUAAGUUCAUUGAUUUAAGUGGGCUUACUCUGAGUGUGCCUAAAACACCCCUGGUGUUUUUGAUGGUGCACACAUUUGCUGCAGGAGGGAAUGCUUUCUUAAAGACAGUGCUCGACGCAGGCAGUUUCUCUAAGUUCUUGGAUAUAGGCUGACUUCUGAGUAUAUAUGUAUAGAACCGCACUAUUAAUGUUAUAGGUCAACCUUUCUCAAACUUGGGUCCCCAGACGUUGUUGAACUAUAACUCCCAUCUUCCCUAGCCAGCAGGACUGGUGGUCAUGGAUGAUGAGAGCUGUAGUCCAACAACGUGUGGGGAAACCAAGGUUGAGAAUGGCUGCUAUAGUUCUAGAUAUUAAACUACUGCAGGUCACCUUAGAACCACAUAUAUUAAAAUACACCAUAGCUGAGUGGGGACUUGAACUAGGGACUCCCCUCUCCUAAGAUGGCACUCUAACCACUAUGUCACUCUGGGUCCCAUGUGCCCUCAGUUUGAAUCUUUCCGGUCCUAUAGCUGUUGAGUUUGUUUUUAGGGCUGCUGAGCGAGCUUGUCAUCAGUCAAUGGAGGCUGAAUGGAGGGUGAAACCUCCAUUCCAACCUCAGCCUGCCCUCAGCCUGUACCCACCUGCCUGCCUUGCUGCUUACAACUAGUUAAGGGGUGGCUUUGCUUGUGAUUGCCCAUAUCUCCUGGUUGCCUCAUCUUCCACUCUACAGCAGUGGCUAGUGCUCAUUAGAACUGUGUAGUCAGACACUUCUUGGAUUUCAGUUUGCUGCUCAUGAUCACGGGUCCCUAGUGAAUGUCACACAGUAGAUCCUGGUUACCCUAAUAGUCUUUGACUAUGACCCACCCUUAACCUGGAAGACUACCCUCUAAUUUGUAACGUGUGAAAAACUCUCUGGGGUUGCUUAGCAGUGAGAAAAAUGCAUCCUGCAUUCAUGGGUACGUUUUAAACCAUUCUGGACAAAAAUCAGAAGGGAAACUAAGGCACAUUUUACCUUUUACAUACACUCACCUUUCUGUGCUCUCCAUCCAGACAAGAAAAAAGGCACCAGAAUCAUAGAGUUGGAAGGGACCCUGAGGAUCAUCUGGUCCAACCCCCUGCAAUGCAGGAAUAUGCAGUUGUCCCACACAGGGAUCAAACCUGCAACCUGGGCAUCAUCAGCACCACAAUCUAACCAACUGAGCUAUCCAGGCAUUAGUAGAGGGCACAUUCCACUCAGACUUAGGGUGUGAAGCAGGGGCAGAGAGGGGGGUGGCCUGGGAGAAUUCCAAGAGCCAGAUAGAGAGAGAGGUCUGAAGAGGGCUUGAGGCUCCCCUAUGGCAUUUUUAAAAACAAUUAGUUUCUGGUUUCUUUCUUCUCCAGAUGCAAGGGAAUGCACAGGCUGUGAGGAAGAUUACUGGUCCAACAACGAGAGAAAUAAAUGUGUGCUUAAGGAGGUGGAGUACUUGGCUUACGAAGAUGCUUUGGGGAUGACAUUGAUUGCUCUGUCUGUGUUUGGGGCUCUCGUCGUCCUGUCAGUGACUGGCGUAUAUAUCAAGUUUAGGAACACGGCUCUUGUGAAAGCCAACGACCGGGAGCUGAGCUUCCUCAUUCAGUUUUCUCUUGUUGGAACCUUGAUGACUUCUAUCCUCUUCAUUGGUAAGCCAGAAGACUGGUCUUGCAUGUCCCGGCAGGUGACCUUAGCCUUGGGUUUUUCCGUCUGCCUGUCUUGCGUCCUGGGAAAGACAGUGACUCUCUGCCUGACACAGCUGGCCAUGAACUCAAAGGUUGCUGAGAAAGCGCGGAUGUUGGUGAAGCCGAUUUGCCAAAAGAUCAUUGUCCUCAACUCUGUCCUUACCCAAGUGGGCAUCGUCUGUGCCUACCUGAUACUGAAUCCUCCUCGCAUGUACAAGAACACCCAGUUCUCCAUCACAAAAAUCAUUUAUGAAUGCAACGAAGGCUCCAUCCUGUACUUGUGUGUCAUGUUUGGCUUUGAUGUCUUCCUCGCUAUCCUGAGCUUCCUCACGGCCUUUGUGGCUCGCAAGCUGCCCAAUAACUUUAACGAAGCCAAGUUCGUCACCUUCGGGAUGUUGGUCUUCUUCAUCGUAUGGAUAUCAUUUGUGCCUGCUUAUUUAAGCACACGAGGGAAGUUCAAAGUGGCCGUGGAGAUCUUCGCCAUCCUGGCUUCCAGCUUUGGUUUGCUGGGCUGCAUAUUUGUGCCGAAAUGUUACAUUAUCUUGCUGAAACCUUUAAGAAACACAGAAGAAAUCGUAGGAGGAAGAGCGGCCACCAACGACAAGAGCGCACCGCCAACUUCUGCCUCGUGCACCAGUGAAGUUAACAACACUACGGUCUCUACGGUUCUUGAAGAUUAGAACUUUUAAAGCUUUCGCCUGUCACCAGUUCCACUAGUUUAUUUGCACACGUUUUCCCAUCUCUAUGCUGAGAGAAAGAAGAUGCCUUACCAAAGUCCCCCCCCUUCUGCUUGUUGGGGAAUAAUAGCACAAAUAAAGCAUAGCUGAUUGCUUGCUGAGAAAAUAACAGGAGGAGCUUUGUAUUUUCACAACGACAUAUAAUAGCUUGGAUCCAACCCUCUGCAAGCGGAAAGAAACUUCUGCUCACACAAGGGAAGGGGCCACAGGUGCUCACCACCACCAGCGGCUGCAGCCUCCCCAGCUACGUAGUUCAGGAGGGUUCCUUCUCUCCGGAGAGGCUUUCUGGUGUGUGCGUUUAUGGAGGAGGCAGCAGGAAGGAGAAGACAGGAAGACUCAUGGUUCCUGGGAUCCAGUGCCUAUGAUUCUACCUAUAAUAGGCCAGCCAUUCAAAACCAUGCAAUCAGUGACUUUUCCAUGUAAAAACCAACCCUCUCAGCAUAGUAUCAACUAACUUCAUGAGAGUGCCUCUGAUAUUUUCCAAUAAAUCAAAUUAUUUACAACUU